AUGGAGAUUGAAGCUUCCGUGACGGAGAAUCCAGCGAUGACCUUCGACGAGGUUUCCAUGGAACGCAGCAAGAGCUUCGUUAAGGCCUUGCAGGAGCUCAAGAACUUGAGACCACAACUCUACUCAGCUGCUGAUUACUGUGAGAAGUCUUAUCUCCACAGCGAACAAAAGCAAAUGGUAUUGGACAAUUUAAAGGACUAUACUGUUAAGGCUCUUGUUAAUGCUGUUGAUCACCUUGGUACUGUUGCUUCUAAGCUUACUGAUCUCUUUGAUCAGCAAAGUUCUGAUGUAUCUACUAUGGAGAUGAGAGCUUCUUGUGUUAGUCAGCAACUGCUUACUUGCCGGACUUAUAUAGACAAAGAAGGUCUUAGACAGCAACAGCUAUUAGCAGUUAUCCCACUUCAUCACAAGCAUUACAUUCUACCCAACUCUGUUAACAAGCGUGUGCACUUCAGUCCUCUCAGACGAUCUGAAUCGAGACAGAAUCAUUACCAAGCUAUAUCUCGUCUUCAACCUUCAGAUGCCCCUGCAUCGAAAUCACUCUCCUGGCAUUUAGGCUCUGAUACAAAGUCGACUCUGAAAGGAUCAGCAACUGUUACACCAAGCUCCAAAGAUUCGAAGGCUUUUGCAAAGACAACUGGGGUGUUCCAUCUUUCAGGUGAUGAAGAAAACAUAAAGCCUUUGGUCGGAGGUUCUCAAGUCUCAGGUGUUCCUGCAACAUCCACUAUCACCAGGCAGACACAGAAGGAUAUGGAAGUUCCCAAACUUAUGACGGCACACAGGUCACUUGACAACCCACGACGAGAGAUCAUUCAAGCACCAGUAAGGACCAAGAGUGUUCUAUCUGCGUUCUUCGUCAAACAGAAAACUCCAAAGCUCAAAGCUGGUUACGUCUAG